UUCUCAUCAAUUAUAAUGAGGAUUUCCACUCUUGUUGUCAUGGACCUGUUCGAAGUGUCUGCACAGUACGGCCAUGGUCGUCAUCAAGAGGGAAUUGCUGAUAGCCGGAUCGUGGCCCCAAUGGAUUGCUGCUGUUGAAAGCCUUUAGUUGUCCAAUCGUCUAAAAGUUGACUGCCGACUGGACUUCAGUACACGCAGUCUUCUUGAUGUCAUUUGUGGUUGGCCUUGAAAGAGGAUGGACAUCGCCCGCACUGGCAAUUCUCCUCAGCUCGAGCUCUCCAAUGCCGACGAGCGAAACAGAUGGCUCAUGGAUCGCAUCCCUUUUAAACAUAGGUCGAGGAGCAGGCGCUAUAAUUGGGGCGAUCGAUGUGGAAUUACUCGGUAGCAAGACUUCCGUUCUUCACAUCGGCAUAAUUCAGACUGUUAGUUUUAUCAUCCUUGGCCUAGCUCCUUCUGCAUUUUGGAUCCAAGUAUCGAGACUCAUCGGUGGAGUAGCAACCGGCAUGUUCUUCAUUUCCUUUCCUCUCUACAUUGGUGAAAUAUCCAAUCCGAGUAUACGGGGUGCUCUUGUUGUUAUUAUCGGAAAUGGAAUGUCAAUUGGUUACGUCGUGGGCAAUGUCACUGGUGCUUUCAUGUCGAUUCCAGUAUUUGCUGCAUUUUCAUUAGCAGUUACAAUAUUAUUUAUAGUAUCAUUCUACUGGUUACCUAAAAGCCCGCAUUAUCUGGUAUUGACCGACCAAGUGGAAAGAGCCAGCGCUGCCAUUAUAUGGUAUCAGAGAGAUGCUGAUGCUGCGAAGGAAUUGACAUCACUCCAAAAAUUCAUCAAAGAUAAUCGAUCGAUGACAUAUAAAAACCUCUUGAAUGAAUUCAUGCUUCCACAUAAUAGAAUUGCUCUAAUUAAGGUGAAUAUAUUGUAUAUUCUGCUCCAACUCAGUGGAUUAUAUACUGUUGGAUUUUAUAUGGAAAUUAUCUUGACAAAGGGAGAGGUGAAAAUAGUUCCGCCAGCCAUGGCUGUCAUAAUUAUAAGCUCUAUUGGAUUGAUUGGAGGCUGGAUUGCAAUUUUUACUAUCGAUAAAUACGGAAGAAAAAUAGUGUUGAGCAGUGCGUGUGUGGGACUUGGAGCGGGAUUAGUCGGUAUAGCUAUUCAUUAUCAGUUGUUGGCGGUAGGUGUCGAUCCUGGAUCACUCCAAGUAUUAAUCAUUGCUUCGAUUAUACUCUUGGAGAUGAGUAUCAAUCUGGGAAUCAUCCCUAUUCCCAGCACUAUCCUGAGUGAAAUUUUUUCACCGAAAAUCAAGAGUUACUGCUCAUGUAUUUCGAAUAUUACAUCUGGGUUUGUUGCAUUCUUGGUGACACAAACGUAUCAGAUGUUAAUUGAUUGGAUUGGUUAUUACACUUAUUACAUAUACGCCAUGAUGAUGUUCCUGUUGGCUCUUUUCAUGAUGACUAUGAUGCCGGAAACAAAAGGGAAGUCAUUGCAGGAGAUUCAGAAUAUGUUGCUAAAGAAGUGAAGCAAUACUACAACAUUCAUGAUUGAUGGAAUUAUUUGAUGUUAGAUAACAUUGAUCAUAAAAUGAAGUACACAGGUGGACGAAUAUACAAGGUCUCCGAACAGUGAUUGUGUAGAUCAAUAAUGCCUGAACGAGGACAGCAAUAGACGAAAAUUGAAAAUGGGCGUUAUGCGCCUUGAAGGAGCAUCGUGGGCAUAAUACAAUUUGAAAUGAGGUUCAUUUUUCUGUUGGAGUAUUCUUGUUACACUAGCUGGGGCAAAUAAGACAAAUGCAAUGACUCAAUUCUCUAAAUUAUAUAGAAUUUUCAUUCACGUUGAAUAAUAACGAAAAUCAAAUACAGAAUAUAAUGGUUUUAAUAAUUAUAAUCCUUAAAUUUGCCGAUACAGCACGUCUCCUGGGAUUAGACAUCAUCUAUACAAAAGGAAUAGGGAAUCUCAAGGAGGAUUUCUUAAAAAGAGGAGUGUUUCAAGUGUUUGGAUAACGAUAAUUCAUAUAAAUAUGUGGAAUGUGUCUAAUUAAUGAAGAGUGAAUGAGCGAAUGCUUUCUUAUUUUGGAUAUUUGCGCACGUGUGAAAGAACAAUGUGACUCUAGUGCACAUUAAGGUUUGUUUAGACGCUAAGACUUUAAUGUGAUUUGUGUGUUUGUUUAAUAUAAGGAAUGCAAGGAAACGUAAGGUAUGUUUCGAGUUUUGAGGAUUUUUUGUAUAGUAUAACGGUGGGAUUUGUCUCUUAGGACAGACCCUGCAUUGUCGAGGACUCAGAGAGAAAGGCAAUGAUAAAAGAAAAGGAGAAAAACAGUGCAUUUUCGGGUCUUGAACAUUGGUAUUAGUUUAGUAGUCAGUUGUGACUUGACCGUUUACGCGUGAGGAUACUCUUCUCCUACUAAUAAUAUAAUCUUUGCUGAUAUGUUAUUAUAGAAUAUACUAUUACUUUCAUAAAAUAAACUAAUCAUAUCCUUUUA